CAUUUCCACAAUUGAAUGCUGAUUUAGUAAACUAAAACAAAAAUAUCCUGGCUGAAGUAGCCUAUUUAUAGCCAAGACUGUCGUCCUCACGGUGCACUUGAUGCGCGCUUCUUUCUCUGCCUUUCCCGCUGCUGAGCGCCUGUGGGAGCGGGAGUAGUGGCGCUCUAAUAUUUGACCCAAACAGUUUUCAACUUAUUCACAAGCAACACAAAACGGUGACCGCUGCCUGGUGUGCACCGAUACUAUGAAUAGUCGCAGAAAUAGGAUGGGAUUCAUCAUGAAGCCUGAAUUAUAACAGAUGAGAUUGCAAACAAAUAUUAAGCCUUAAAAUUUGAUUUAAACUACUUUGUUGAUGCCAAAUUAGGCAUAGUGCAGGGGGUUUCAGAUCGGCAGUAACUCUGUAGUCCACAAAACGGAAUGAGAACAUUUACAAGGGUAAGUUUAAAAUGAUAGCCCAAACAAUUUGCAAAUGAUUGCUAAGGAAAUUAUAACGCAUUGCUUUUGAAUGUUUUCAUCUUCUUUACUUUCACGAACUGUAAUCAGUUGCAUGUUUUAAAUAACAACCAUGUCAACAUCUCUAACUUGCUGCCUAGGUAGCCUACUUUUUUUUUUUUAUCACAACUCGGGGGAAAAAUAACAUGUUCAGGUUUAUACGUUUCCUCUCUCUCUCGGUGGGCGUUACACCCGUCGUUAUUACAGUGGCAGCAGCUGUCAUUGAGAUCCAACCCCCUGAAGUAUUUCGAACUCCAUUCAAAGACUGCGCAUGACAGCCUGGGGGACAGUGUCAGAGAGGGAAAUUUAAAAACGGUUUCGAGAGACAAGUGCAUCAAUACUGUAACUUACUGGGAUAUUGGCUACCAUAGAUCUAGACCACAAUCAAAAGAGGUUGUCUUGCAUCCCAUAAGAUGAUAGAAAGUGGAAUCACAACCAGAUUGCCUGGGGUUAUGGAAAGUCAGCACGCUUCCCCGCAAGACUUCAGGUUACUCACCACAGACCCCUCUCAGCUGAACAAAGAGGACCUCCCAGGUGACCUGCAGUCCCUGUCGUGGCUGACGUCUGUGGACGUGCCCCGUCUGCAGCAGGUUGGAGCCAGCCGGCCGGACUACAACAGCUCAUCCCAGGUUACUCUGCUGGACCAGCAGGCAGCUCAGAUGAACAGCAUGACGUUGGUUGGGGUCCCAAACUCCAUGAUCCACCUGCAGAGCAACAUGCAGCACAGUCCUUUGGGAAUGAACAACAUGACGCAGUACCCUCUGAAUGGGCAGCUCUCUCCUGGGUUCCCCUGCCCUGCGUCCGUCUACCCACCCUCCACCCAGCAGGUGCUCGCCCUCGCCCAGGCAGGCCAGCAGUGUUCUCCUGUCGGGCUGUAUGGCAGCUACAAUAGUCAGACGCUGUUCUCUCAGCCUCGCAUAGCUCCACACAACAACCAGGACCUGCAUCCAAAGUCCUUCCCCAAGCCUAUCUACUCAUACAGCUGUCUUAUUGCCAUGGCACUGAAAAACAGUAAGACGGGAAGUCUACCAGUCAGUGAGAUCUAUAACUUCAUGAAGGAGCACUUCCCUUACUUCAAGACUGCUCCUGAUGGCUGGAAGAACUCCGUGCGGCACAACCUGUCCCUGAACAAGUGCUUCGAGAAGGUGGAGAACAAGCUGAGCGGCUCCUCGCGAAAAGGCUGCCUGUGGGCCCUUAACCCGGCCAAGAUCGACAAGAUGGAGGAGGAGAUGCAGAAGUGGAAACGCAAGGACUUGCCCGCAAUCCGCCGAAGCAUGGCCAACCCAGACGAGCUGGACAAGCUGAUCACAGACCGGCCGGAGAGCUGCAAACGGAAGAAUAUGGAGCCGGGGAUGACCCGGCUGCCGGUGUCCGGUCCCACCAUCCCCGUGCAGCCGCAGGCGAUGGCCACCCUCGCCCUGCAGUGCCACCCCCUCCACCAGCAACACCACCUGCAGCUGCAGCUGCAUUGCCAGUCCAGGCUGGGCUCCAUCUCGCCGGCCCCGGCUCAGACGCCCCCCCUGCACACGGUGCCAGACCUCUCGCACAGCCCCCAUCCACAGCAGCACCAGGCCAGGGCACACCAUGAUUACUACACCCUCCACGCCGGAGACCUCAAUAAUGAGGUGGAUGCUCUGGACCCCAGCAUCAUGGACUUUGCAUUACAAGGUAACUUGUGGGAGGAGAUGAAGGAUGAUAGCUUUAACCUGGAUUCACUGGGAACCUUCAGCAACUCUCCCCUGCGUCUGUCUGACUGUGACCUGGACACCAGCAACAUGCCCCCGGCCUCCUCCAGCUCUCCCGCCCUGCAGUACCCCGACCUCCAGCUGACAGGGGUCUACACAUCCGUCAGCUCCAUGGAUGCCCUCUCCUCCCAGUACAUGGGCUCGCAGGGGGGCACCAAACCUAUCAUCCUGCUUUAACACACUGACAACCAGGCCACACAUCACCAAAAAGGAUGCAUAUAUUGGAAAGACUAUGGAUAAAAACAACCUCCCCUGACGUAGAUCCCACUUCUGACACCAAAUUAAGGGAGGAUAAUGAUCUUCAAAGACCUGUGUGUAAAAUGUAUUUCUUGUGCUCCAAAACACUUGAAGUGUCUUUCUGAGCUCCUUUGUGUCAGGAUGGCAACUCACGGCCCCUGACAUUUACUCUCCCUGAAUGUGAACUUAUCAAUGAAACACAAGAGACGGUAUCAAGGAUUUUAAAAGGGACUGCUUCCGAUGACUUAUAAAAGGACAACCUUUUCCACAUUUAUAGUCAUCACAAAGGAAGUACGGGGCUCAUAAUAAUAACAAAACAAACAAAAAAAAAUGUGCCACCAUGUAUAUAGUGGAGUUCAAAAGUCACUUUUUCUCCUUUGACCCAUUUUCUACUAGUAUUGUGAAGUCCUCACCAGACCCUUCGGUUAGUGUUGUUAUGAUAGCGGUGUGUCUUUUUGUCUGUUGAACCGUGAUAGGCGGUGUAACGGUAUUGUGUGUCUUUUUUUGUGUUUAUUUAUAUUUAUGAAUGGAAGAAAUACGCUGAUUCUGAUUUUUGUAUAUAAAUACUGCAUUUUGCAAGACCCUGCUGGUAGUGAUUAAAAUGUGACAAGUUCUUAUGCAGUGAAGCCAAAACACAGACAUGUGCCAAUGUUUCCAAGGCAUACAAACUCGAUUUUGAAAAGUGAAUCCAUGUAGAAUCCAUGUUUUCCGCUGUGAUUCGGCUGUUCCAGUUGAAGCAAGAACAUUGCAGAGCAUUUCUGUGUAAC